AUGUUGGAUGCGCUCAACUUCAAAGUUGAGGCCAUUAUAACUGGUCUGCUCCCAGAGACCACCUACUCUGUGACUGUUGCUGCUUAUACCACCAAGGGCGAUGGGGCUCGCAGCAAAGCCAAGGUGGUCACAACCUCAGGAGCAGUGCCUGGUAAGCCCACUAUGAUGAUCAGCACCACCAUAGGGAAUACUGCCCUGAUUCAGUGGCAGCCCCCUAAAGAGAUGGUGGGGGAGCAUGUAGGAUACCAACUGCAGUACAAGAGAGCAGAGGAGGAAGCUUUCAUUAUCAAAGACUUCAGACAGACAGAUGAUCAUUUCACAGUCACCGGUCUCCACAAGGGCGCCACCUACAUCUUCAAACUGUGCGCCAAAAACCGAGCAGGCAACGGAGAAGAGUAUGUGAAAGAGAUCAGCACUCCAGAAGACAUUCCCAGCAGCUACCCCCAGAAUCUGAGUGUGGAAGGCCUGACCGCCACCUCCACCAAGCUGGCCUGGGACCCCCCUCCUCUGGCCGAGAGGAACGGGAAGAUUGUCAAGUAUGUGGUGGUGUUUCGAGAUAUCAAUAACCAGCACAACAACACCAACAGUACCACAGAAACACACAUGACCAUCCAAGGUUUGCAACCUGACACUACCUACGACAUCAGGGUCCAAGCUUUCACCAGCAAAGGGGGAGGACCCAUCAGCCCCAGCAUUCAGAGUAGAACCAUGUCCACCUCCAUGCCAGACCUUCCUUCAGUUUUCACCAAGAACUUUGGUGUGAAGGCUGUGAUGAAAACUUCUGUCCUGCUGACCUGGGAAGUUCCAGAAACCUACAAAUCUCAAGUACCUCUCAAGAUCCUGUACAACCAGCAGAGUGUGGAGGUUCAAGGCAACCUGAAGAGGAAGUUGAUCACACAGCUGCAGCCAGAUACUGAUUAUUCCUUCGUGCUGAUGAGCCGGGGUAACAGUGCUGGGGGCCUCCAGCAGCAGGUUUCCAUCCGAACUGCUCCAGACCUGCUGAAGAUGAAACCAGCUCGAUUACAACACGAUGUGGAGGAGGGUGGUAAAGUGACCAUCAGUCUGCCCAGGGUCCCUGCUGGAGCCUCCAUCAGGUGGUUCUACAUAGUGGUUGUCCCUGUCAGUCCGGCUUCUCUGAGAAGAUGGGAGAAUCCUGAAGACAUGGAUGUGUAUGAGCUCCUGGAGGCUGGUGCUGACAGCAGUCUGCAGAGAAAGAAGAGACAGAGCCAGGAUUUCAUGCAGCCCUACAUCGCUGCCAAGAUGGAUGCUCUGCCUGAGAUCUUUACUCUGGGUGAUGAGAAGAAAUACAACGGAUACUACAACAAACCCCUCCCUGGCCAGCAGCAGUAUCGCUGCUUUGUUCUAGCUGACCUGGUGGACCACGAGUCUGUGAGUGACCUUUAUGUAAUUAUAUGGACAUGUGCAUGUACAGCACCUUUCAUACAUUUUAAAGCAUCUUUUUAUUUUUAAAGCAACCCUUCUCCAUUCAUGGUAUAUGUAAAGUAUUUAACAAUAUCUUGUGAAGAGGAUGGUGAAUUUUUGGUCAAUCACAAGACUCUUUGGCCAGUUGCUAUGCAAUCAUCAGUCAGAGUCAGUGUUGUAGCAGGUAGGUGGAUGUAGCAAAAAGGUUACGAGUUUGGGGGAAAAAAACAAACUCCAAUGUUAAGUUUGAAUUUGUUCAGUUAGUGAAUUUUGAGUGUUUCAGUCAGUUCUGGUAUAUAAUCUGUCAACAAAGGCAUACAUGGUUUGGCUCAGACAAACCUCCAGAGAGGUCUGCGUUACAGACUUAGUAACGUAAUUAGUUGUUUUGAAUUGGGUGCGGUGGAUUGUUGCAAAUGGCAUUAGGAACAGUAGGAGGAGCCAGAGGAACCUGAUUUGUUUUACAGAUUAUCUGCUGCAUGUACUACUGUCAGGAUAUAGUUACAGUUUCAGCAAAUAUGACAAAAAGUUAUUUUUAUAACCUUUUAAAGGGGCCAUUUGCAGUUUUCAAUGGCCUUUAGCAGUGAGGUUUCAGAUUGCAUCUUUCACCGGAGAGGCUCAGCAAUGUGAGCACAGCUAAAUGUAUCGGAUGAUCACGAAAACUGUGAGCCAGACUGCAUAUAAUAAAUGAGGACAGGAAGGAAAUAUAGGUCUCGUUAGCUGGUGAAGUAAUGUAGCAAGGAUAAGGUUAGCAACUGGUAUUAGCCAGCAAGCAAAUGUUAUCUAUAUUGUGUUAUCUAUAUCACAAAUCUAUAUUGUGCAGUGGAACAGACACAUGUCUUUGGUGUGAAAGACCCGGGUUCAAUUCCCACUGGACCUCUGACAUACUUAGCAAAUGUAUGUCGCUUUGGAUAAAAGCAUUGUAUGUUGCGGACUCGAUUUCUUAGCUGCAGUGUUGUCGUAGUGUGUACAGUUCAGAAUCAGUACGCAAGAGCACACAUGAAUGUCAUAAGUGCGUAAGUCUGUGUGUGUGCGUGAGAGAGAGAAAAAAGAGAGAGUGCAGGACUAAGAGAGGGAGGAGUUAGAUAUAAGAGGACUAUUUAUUGCGGGGUUGAAGGGAUGGGAUUCUGAGCCGGGGAAGAGCGAGGUAGACUGGAAGACUAGAUUCUGCAAAACCGGGUUGGUGGCUGUUGUACAGAACAGGGGGAACUGUAGCUGAGAGUCCAGAGUGUGAGAGGCUGAGCUUAGCACGUCCAGAGCAGAAUCCAGGAAAAGUUUAGCUGGGCGGGGGUUCAGAGACAGCAGAUGGAAAUGAGCGCUAUUACCUGUAGCAGAACUAAAACAGCACAUAUGCAAAAUUCGCUUUUAACUUUUAUUAUAGCCUACUAAAUGUUCUUCUUCUACA